AUGCAAUUAUCUAACUUUAUUUGCUUAUCAAUUUUAGCUGUUACUGCUCAAAGUGCUUUAUUACCUAGAAUUUUUAAUGAUACCGCUCCAUGUAAUACCACCAACACUACUGCAUUCUUCCCUACUAUAGAGAAAAGAGGAUUUGGUGAAUUACCUUCAAACCAUACUUUCCCAACCAAUGGAACUAAUUCAUCUCAUUCACAUCCACACCCACACCCAAACCAUCCACCUCACCACCAACCAAGAGAAUUAACUCCAUUAGAAGUUGAUAAUAUGAUCAAGAAAAGAUUUGCUGAGGAAGCUGCUUUAAGAAAGUUCUCUGAUAGCUUAUAA